UUUGGUGGUUGGUUCGAGUGUUCUCAGUAGCACGACUCCGUUUCAGUCGCGCGGAAGCAGCCGACCGUUGCACGUGUUCACGGACCGGACGAUAACCGCCACCAUCUAUGGGUUACCAGUACCCAUUCUCACAUCUGGAUACUUUGAAUUGACCACGAGAAAAUGGAAAUGCAUAAAAAUCCCAACGCGAAGAGGAGUUCGUUGCGUGGUGACGAGAUGACGUUGAAGGAACCUCACAGGAAUGGCAGCACGUACGGAGCUUUCCAAUCGAAGGAUCCCAUUCUAGCAGUGGAGAAGGGCGCUGAAAUGGAAGGCGGAAGCGACGAGCAUGGAAUUUCCGUUCACCACCCGACCUCGUAUUUAGAAACAAUGAUGCACCUGUUCAAAGGUAACGUCGGCUCCGGUAUCUUUGCGUUAGGGGAUGCUUUCAAGCAUGCCGGACUGCUGCUGGCUCCGCCGCUUACUAUGUUCCUUGGGGUUAUUUGUGUUCACGCUCAACAUAUUCUUAUUAAAUGUAACGAAGAGGUGACGCGUCGCCUGAACGAUGCGAGUGCCACAACUGGGUUUGCUGGCACCGUGGAAUUGUGCUUCGCUACCGGCCCUCUAGCACUCCGAAAAUACUCUGUGUUUAUGAGACAAAUGGUUAAUGUAUUUUUAUGUAUCACGCAACUUGGAUUUUGCUGCGUUUAUUUCGUUUUCAUUGCGAAGAAUAUGAAGCAGGUGUUGGACGUGUAUGGAAUCGAGAUGGACGUUCAUCAACAUAUGGCUGUGAUCUUGGUCCCGAUAAUGCUGAGCACGUGGAUCAGGAACCUGAAGUACCUGGUGCCCAUUUCGUCGCUGGCGAAUUUUCUGGUCACAGCUGGCUAUGUGGCUACUAUGUACAUAAUGUGCCACGAUUUGCCGCCAAUCCACGAGAGGCGGUAUAUCGCGGAUUGGCACGAGCUGCCUCUGUUCUUUGGCACUGUGAUAUAUUCUUUCGAGGGUAUUACUUUGGUGUUACCCCUGAAGAACGAAAUGAAGAAACCGAGCAAUUUCAGUAAGCCACUGGGAGUUCUAAACGUUGGAAUGGUAAUUGUCGGUGGCAUGUUCGUCGCGAUGGGUUUUAUAUCUUAUUUAAAAUACGGCGACGCAGUGGCUGGAUCCGUUACGUUAAAUCUCCAAUCAAAGGAGGUGGUGGAUGGAAAAAUCAUCGGCGAGCAUUUAAGCUUACCUCAAUGCAUACAGGUUGCCAUCUCGUUGAGUAUAUUACUCACGUAUGCACUGCAAUUUUACGUUCCCAUUGCCAUCAUUUGGCCAAAGAUCGUCAACCGCUUUGGCCCUUUCAAGUGGCCCGUUUUCGCAGAGACUGUUUUCCGUUCCUCGAUGUGUUUCCUAACAUUUGUCCUAGCUGAAGCGAUACCUCAACUGGGUCUGUUCAUAUCACUGGUCGGUGCAGUAAGCAGCACCGCCUUGGCACUUAUAUUUCCACCGAUCAUCGAAAUGGUCGUAUGCUGGCAGAACGCAUCAUUGGGCUUGUUUACGAUAUCGAAAGAUAUCCUGAUAGUACUAAUCGGUCUUCUCGGUUUCGUUACUGGCACAUACGAAAGCAUCACGUCGAUUAUUAAGGCGUUUAGCACGUAAUUAGGCUAGUUCGUUGUAUAAAUCGUUGUUAAUGUACUUUUUACUUGUAUGUAUAUAUAUACACGCGCGGUAUUAUCACGAUCAUGACAUCUACACGAUCAUAUAGGCAAUGAUUAUUCAUUUAGACAGAGCCGGUCUUUUCUUUCUUUCUUUUUCUUUUUUUAAUUUUCUAGAUUACUGUUAAUGUUACUGUUGUUUAUUAGUCUACCACAUUUUUCUUGAACGAAUCGUAUACAAAUCUUUGUGCGUUACAUUCACUAUUGUUAGAAUCCUUCGUUUAGUAUAAUUUUCGCGUUCCGCAUUCAGAAAAGGGUACUUCGUUAUCUGUGAUCCGUCUCUAAAUCGAUAAUGCGAAUUUUUCUAGUUGCACGAACAGGGUAACAAAUCUCGUGCCCUUGAGGGCAUAUUACAGUUACCAAUUUCUACGUUCGUUGUAUUGUUGUCGAUAUUAGAAUGGUGUUAAUAUCUAGAACAGCACGAUUUCCAGCAAAUAAAAUAGUUUUCCAUGGGGUAAUUUUGUAAGAAUUACUUGAUUUUAAGGGGAAAGAAGUUUUUGAGAAAUUGGUAAUUGUGAUCGAAUUGUACAUUGAUAUACAGCUGGUCAUGAAAGUUCGACCACCUUGAGACGACAUAUCGGUGAAAACAGAAAUAAUUCAAGAUCUUCUUUCAACAACUAUUUUUUAUUUUCUCAUACAGUAGUAAUACACGGCCUCGCCAUUUGAAAACAAAAAUAGACCGUAUAGCAAUAUAUUGUAUAUUAAGAACGUAGUACGAAAGACAGAGUAUCUUUCAAAUACUCUCGCAAAGUCUUACCAUUUUAAUUUUGACGAUUAACGAAUGACAAAUAUUUUAAAGUGGAUCUCAUUUCAUAGAUUGAAAUUACGAGAGGAAAUAUUUCAUAGAUAUAUGUAAGAAAGAUGUUCAAAUUACUUGAUCUUAAAAAUCUGCGCAUAAUUUAUCAAUUAAUGGCCAUCGCAUGAGUAUAUGCCGUCCCCGUAUUACCUGUAAUUGAAUUAUAACGAAAAGAAAUAGUUAAAAAGAUUAAUUUUUUUAAUUAAACUUUGCUAUUUAUAAGAUAUGGAUAUUUUUGUGAUCAAUUGUAUGUCGCGUGAUACGUGUCUGUAAUAUAUCAUCAUCGCCUAUGUUAUGAAUAAUUAACAGUGUUAGUUGUUCGUGUCCUGAACGGAACGUAACCGUAGAUUUAUAUAUUUGAUAGAUGUAUAGAUUAUUCGAUUAGAUACACGAAUUUUCCGUAAAAAAAAGGAAGGUGAAAACUGAUUGUUACUACGUACUCGCGUAACAUAUAUAUAUGUGUAUACAUAACUCAUGCAACAAGAAAGGAAAACAAUCAAAAUAACGUACAAAACAGAGUGUUGGUCGAUAGAACGUUGAGGAAUGUAUAAUAUUAUAAUGAUAAUGAUCAUACUCGACGAUCAUGCAAUAUGAAAAGACAAUCGCGUGGAUUUUAUUCGAAAACGUAAUUUCUCGCCGAUGAAGUAUUGCGUGACUUUUAACUUUUAAUUGGUAUCGUUGGAUCGUACGUAAUAAUUUGUAUUAGAUCAUUUAAUUUCCAAGUAUUUAAGACUUUAAGAAUUUGAUAUAUGGUAUGCUACUGAAUGUUAUUAUGCACGGUAAUUUCUGUAUCAUUAAUUUUCAAUUCUUCGUCAUUUUGUUACACCAAGAGGUCAUUAAUUAUAUUAUUCGAAUUUACAUUUCACGCAAUAAAAGCGAUUAAUGGUUUCCGUUAUGUGGAAUAUAGAAGGUAAAUUUUAUUUUGUACUCUUUAGUUUUUAUGAUGGAGUAGAAAAUGCAAUGUAAAAUGCUCGAAAUUUCUUUCUUACUUUGUAUGGAAUUAAAUCGCUCCUUACGAAUCCAAUAGUACGAGUUAAGAGUUAAAAGUUCGAUUGAAUUCUGUUCGAACAUAUUGAUUGUGAUUUUUUGUAUUAUAGUUACGUGCAUGGAACUGUAUCAAAGCUGUGAUAUAGUGAUCAGCGUUUUAAAUACGAGACAGCGAAGCGAAUAUAUUUUUUAAAUGUACUGUACGAUUUAAUCAGAGAAAACAAAUUUGUAUCAAAUAUUUAGAUCACGCUGGGUCAUAUUGGUCAUUUUGUACUACGCUAUCAAUGGUCUUGGCACUGGUAAAAAUUUUUACGAUUUCUACACAUUAUGAUUGUCAUAAAUGAUUAUUAUUAAAAAAAUUGCUUGUAAAAUGAUAAUUCUUGCGCUAUAGUUGUUAUAAAGCGUAAAUUUCUUUUCUCUCGCAACGAUUGGAGAUUCUUCGAACAAAUGUAUUUGAAGACCACCAGGCAAAGACAUGAUAAACCACGUUUACCACUUUUUGUGGAAUAAUAAUUUAAGAUUCGACACUUUUUAUUUGAAUAACACUAUGCUAUUAAAUAUUUAAAAAAUAACGAUCCGUAGAAUAUAGAAUAUAUAGUAAUAUUAGUUACGUCAAAACAAAUGUCCUUUACGGAAAAAUAAAUUCUAUAUCUUAUGAAAAGCUUUGUAGCUUACCAUGUUUUUCUACAGUGGUCUUUAUUUGUAAUAAUGGUAACGUCAACUCGAUGUAUAUUUUAUUUAUUCACAUAUCGCGGUAUGAUCGAUAAUUAUAAAAGAGAAUGGCAAAGGAAACAAUGAGAAAUUGUAAUUGUAA